AUGGUGCGUGGCUGUCGUCCAGUCGUUCGUCGCGCGUGGCCGUUGUCGCGGUGUCGCCGCUUCUCCUCCGCCGUGCGUGGGAGUCCCCCGUACCGCGUGCUGUUCUUUGGCACAGACGACGUGUCGCUCGCGACGCUCCAGUCGCUGCAUACCAACAGCACGAACGAGCGCGACGGCGGCCGUCUCGUGGAGCACAUUGAGGUCGUGUGUCCGUCCAAUCGGUCCGUGAAUGGCUGCAAGACGGACGAGCCGGUGCCGGUCAAGAGGUUCGCCCAACGCUGCGGACUCAACGUCUUUGACACGCCACCGCAUCUAAAGUCGCUCAAGAUGUGGGACUUUCCUGUGAUGGACUGCUUUGAUGUUGGAGUCGUCGUGUCGUUUGGCUACUUUCUACACCCGAACAUGCUCCGAAAUCUUCAUUAUGGUGCCAUCAACAUGCAUCCAUCGCUAUUGCCAAAGUACCGCGGUCCUGCUCCCAUCCAACAUGCGCUUCUGAAUGGCGACACGACAACAGGGGUGUCCGUAAUCGAGAUUGAUCCGACGGCCUUUGACGUUGGCCGCAUUCUGCUGCAGACACCUCACGAUAUCAAGCCCGGCAUUCAGUGCCAGGAGUUGACGCGGGAACUUGCAGUGCUCGGUGCGGAUAGCAUCUUGAAAACGCUCGCUGAUUUGCCUGCACGUAAGAAGGAGGCUGUUGUGCAGGACGACACAUGCGCCUCCACGGCCCCCAAGCUCGUGUCCAACGAUGGUCACAUUUCGUUCGACGAAUCUGCGACCGUCAUUUUUCACCGAUGGCAGGCACUAGGCAAUUCUGUGGGCAUAACCGUCCAAUUCCGCGAUAAAGUGGUAAAGCUGAUUGAUGUCCGGCUACCGACGACGGAAGAGCUGCAAGUUGUCCUUGCCGACGAGAGCUGCAACGGGCCAGCAGCCACUGGGACAUUUUUCUUCGAGAAGCAACGGCAGGCGCUUUGGCUACGAUGUGCAGGCGAUUCGUGGUUGUUGAUCACAAAGCUGCAACAAGCGGGUCGCAAGGUCGGCUUUGCGCUCGAUUUUUGCAAUGGAUACCGGCUGAAGAGCAUGCAGCGCGAGCGAUUUGAGAAAGUGGCUACUGGAUCUGUUGCCAGCAAGCUCUAG